AUGCCGACCACGCAAUUCAACGUCCAAGAAAAGUACCGAUACCAAAAUGGCUUCAAUAGCUAUCACGAAACCGAAGCCGUAGAGGGCGCAUUGCCCAUAGGAACAAACUCUCCUCAGAAGCCACCAUAUGGACUCUACGCCGAGAAGUUGUCGGGAACAGCAUUUACUGCACCAAGGCAUGAAAAUCAGCAAACGUGGCUAUACAGGAUACUUCCGGCGUCAGCACACUCAAAUUUUGAACCACGAGAACAUGCAACAUUCAACACAAACCCGGAAAAUCAGCGAGGCCAGAAGAUUCACCAGAUUCCUAACCAGCUCAGGUGGGAUCCUUUUGAUCUAGAUGAGACGGUAGACUGGAUCCAUGGCCUUCACUUAGUCGCCGGCGCUGGCGAUCCGAGUAUGAAGACAGGCGUCGGUAUCUACAUCUUUGCAGCUGGCAAGGACAUGGAUCCUCAUGAAGCCUUUUACAGCGCAGAUGGCGAUUUCCUGAUAGUGCCUCAGCAUGGUGUGCUAGAUAUCAGGACCGAGCUCGGAAGGCUCCUCGUGCGACCAAAUGAAAUUUGUGUCAUUCCACGCGGAGUAAGAUACCGUGUAGAUCUGCCAGAAGGUCCUGUUCGAGGUUAUAUUCUCGAAUUGUACCAAGGGCACUUCACGCUCCCGGAACUAGGUCCCAUCGGGUCGAACUGCCUAGCCAAUGCGCGCGACUUCCAAGCACCCAUAGCCGAUUUCGACGAGGAUACAGACUCCGAGUGGACGCUGACGACCAAGUUUGCUGGUCAUCUCUUUGCUGCGAAGCAGAAGCAUACGCCCUUUGAUGUGGUAGCAUGGCACGGCCUGUACUACCCUUACAAAUAUGACUUGGGACGCUUCUCUACUAUCGGUUCAGUCAGUUUCGACCACCCCGAUCCGUCUAUAUUUACAGUCCUUACGGCGCAAAGCGAUCAUCCAGGUACAGCGGUGGCUGACUUUGUCAUAUUCCCACCUCGUUGGCUGGUGCAAGAGGACACUUUCAGACCCCCUUGGUACCAUCGCAAUACGAUGAGUGAGUUUAUGGGCUUAAUCCAUGGGCAGUACGACGCAAAGACCGGAGGUGGAUUCCAACCAGCUGGAGCAUCACUCCAUAACGUCAUGUCGGCCCAUGGGCCAGAUGCCAGCACUCAUGAGAAGGCGUCGAAUGCCGAACUGAAGCCCAUGAAGGUAGGAGAAGGGUCAAUGGCCUUCAUGUUUGAAAGCUGUUUCAUGGUAGGAGUAACCGAAUGGGGCCUCAAGAAGUGCGCCAAAGUGCAGGAAGACUACAACGAAGAGAGCUGGACCCCCCUGAAAGCACAUUUCAAACGACCAAAGAAGGAUGUUGGUGAAAUUAAAAAUGGUGGUGAGGUUGAAGAAGGGGCAAUUGGAAGUGUAAAACAGGUGCCUCAUUGGACUUGA